CUUUCACUCCUGAUCGACUCUGAAGCCACAGUACUCAUCAACAACCAACAAACUUCACCAUUCACAAUCGGAAGGGGGGUCCGUCAGGGAGAACCCACCAGCCCAACUCUAUACGCACUCGCAAUCGAAUGCCUUGCAAGAAACAUUCAGAACGACCCCCGCAUCUUGUGUACCCACCCACAACACCGACACCACCCUAUCACCCACGCAUACCUACGACAGCUAAUGUAUGCCGAUGAUCUCACWUUGGUAGCCCCAUCCUCAACUCAACUGGACAAAUCACUCAUACACGUAGACAACUUUGGGAAAGCCACCUCAUCCAAGCUCAACCCAGCAAAAUGCUUCUACUUCUCCAUCAAAGACUCGACAAUCAACCCAGCACACGGCUUCACCAAAGUCGCAGUCAACAAAUCAGAAACAUAUCUUGGCCACGAGUUCACCCACGACSGCCUCCUCAACAACAUCCACAGCAAAGUCCAGACRAUCACAGCACUCUUCAUCCAAUGGAAACAGUCCUGCUCAACAUUCAAAGCCAAAACAUGCAUCAUCAAGACCUACAUYCUAUCCAAGCUCACCUUCCUCCAGAACCUCAACAAAACCUCCCAGAAUGACAUCAGCACCAUCAACAACCUCAUAGACUGGUUCUUAUCAACAUCCUCUCAACCAUACUACCACAACAGUCACUACAAACCACAGAUGUCCCCUCUGCGCCGCCUACUUCCGAUGAAGUAUGGAGGUCUAGGCAUCUGGGACCUUGAAGCCCGCGACACUUCCCUCAAGGCCCAAGUCUUUGACACCUUCCUCAACAACCACACCACUCUCCCUUAUGGCCCAUCCUGGCAUCACAACCUAAAAGAACAAAUUGCUUUCAACACAGAAGCCGACCUCCAAGAACGCAACAUCCAAGGUUUCUCCUGCCUCUCAGACACCCAGGCCAUCUGCUACUCAGCCUGGCUCCAACUAAACCCAGCCGCUUCAACCCUCUCAUUCCCUACUCCGAUAUUCAACUAUAACCCUCUCCACUUCGCAUCCAACGACACCUCCUUAUCAACUACUUCAACAUCAACGACCAACCAAUAUUCAACGUCUCCAACAAACGCAUCACCUGUAAACACUACUACCUCCUCCUCAUCCACCUCAAAUACAAACGCAACAACUCCCAGGCCACUCUACAACUCCCUUUCACCCCAUCACAACUUACCUUCCAAGCCGAUCAUGACCUGGACUACUCUCUCCUCCUGCCUCUCAUCACAAAGGUCAGACACAAACAAGCAUACAACACCAUAUUCAGAUUUAUCACCAAACUCCUACCACUGCCCAAAACUUCCCCUCAUGUCCAUG